AAAGAGUUGUUGCAUGUUCACACUAAUCGAUACUCUUCAGUUCUUCUUCUCUUACAUCUUUUUUCAUCUAAAAAAUGCACAUUGUUUUCUCCGUCAAACUCUUAGUUAAAAGAUUAUGAAGUCCACCUGAUCCCCUAUUCUCCGCUAUGUUUGUAAGUCCACAAUGUGUUCUCCGUUGAAACUUUUAACCUUCUUUUAUAUCUACAUCGGAAAUCAUUUAAAAUUCACAUCGAUUCACUUGUCCUCUUCUGCAACCACCUCCGACUCGCCAUGAACCUGAGCUCCGACUUCUUCCAUCCACUGCCGCGUCAGAAUGUACGCCGUCAAGCUUAUCCCUUCACGACGGUGCUUCACCUUCCACCUAUGUUUACGUCGAGACCGUCGCGAGACCGCUGCAAAAUUUACACGGCGUACUCCUUCGUCACCGGAUCUUUAGUCGCUUUGCUCUACCGACGUCGUCAUGCUCGGAUUCAAGCACUGCCAUCGUGCUCCUCCUUGCCAUCUCCAUCAAGCUCAAGAUCCGGCGAAGAGAAAGGUUGAUCUAUCCAAUGGUGACUUUCUAUUUUUUUGCACGACAUGUCCCUGGCGUUCUAGUUCUUUUCAAUUUGACCCCAAACAUUUUAGACUUACAGAAACAUCCUCGCGAAUCAACCCCAAAUCUUUCAAUCGUGCGAUGUAGCCAAGUGGGUCAUUCGACAGUUACAUAUUUUAUUAGACACCCUCGUAUUUUAUUAAAUGGUUCAUAUUUUGUUAGCAAGCUAUAUGAGCACCAAAUAUAAUAGACGGUUAUAUAUUUUAUUAGACGGGAUAGAUAACGUUGUUAGCAAGCUAUGUGAACAGAUUACAUAUGGUAAUAAUAGUAAAUAUUAUAGUUGAAAUAAGAAGAUUAUGAAAGCUAAUAAAGAAAAUUGAGAAAAUGAGAGAAAAGUAAAACAAGAGAAGAAAGAAAACAGAAUAAUAUUUUAAAUAAAAUAAUAUUUCUUGAAUAGUGGGGUCUACUAUUUUUUUUGCAUAAGAAAAUCAUUUCUACGGGAUUCUCUUGCCUCUUAACAUAACAAAAUGAAUAAUAGGGCCAUCAGUGUAUUUUAGACCUACUAAUGUUGGAUUCCACUACCCUUUUCUAUCCUUGCAAAUUUCAUAAUUAUUGACUAUUUUCUGUGCAAAUGGCUCUAACAUCUAUGGUAUAAAAUUUAAAAUAAAAAUAUUUUUAUAUUUGUAGCUAUAUUAAAUGUAUUAUUAUUAAGAUUACUUAGUAUUUUUUGCUCUUCACUGAAUGACAUUUUGAUCAUUUUCUUGUGUGUUUGAUAAAAACUUGUGUUUUAGGAGAAUUGCCAUAUUUUGUAUAGGGUAAAAACUGUAUUUUUUAUUUAAUAUAUCGAUGUAGGAUAUUCUGAUUAGAUCUUUUGUAUCUAGAUAUCUGCUUGACUAUAUGUAAAAUCAGAUCAAAAUCGAUUCAAACUAGCUAGUAUGAUAAUGAAUUUCAGCCAUAGUAGUUUGAAUUUUAUUUUUGAUUUAUUCGACAUUAUUCACAACAUAUAGGAUAUAGCCAUUUUGCAAUCCAGUUUGUUCUUAAUUAUGCUAUGUAACCAGUUGACACAGAGAAAAUCAAACAGGUUAUAGUGAUAGAAUUGUUUGAUAUUGAAACCGUGUUUUGAAGAUUUACAAGGCAGGUAAUAAAACGCAAGUAUAUUUUAUUUUCGGUUAAUCAAAAUACACACCGGUUAGGUAUGAAACCGAUAAAAUCGGGUAGGGUAAUAAGAUAUCGUUACCCAAAAGAACAAAGCCCACAACGAGAAGUAAUGGGCUUUCAUUACCAGAGGGAAAAAAAGCAAAAACACGGGAGAAGAAGUUUGUGGAAACGGCACCAACGAGAUCUAUCUUAGCACGAGCCGAACCCGGAUUGUGGUGUAGAGAAGGAAGAAGAGAGAGAUCGAAAGAAGAUGAACAUUUUCAGAUUAGCAGGUGAUAUGACUCACCUGGCCAGUGUUCUCGUCUUGCUCCUCAAGAUCCACACCAUCAAAUCCUGCGCCGGUGUGUCAUUGAGGACGCAAGAGCUCUACGCCAUUGUGUUCGCUACGCGUUACUUGGACAUUUUCACGAGCUUCGUGUCUGUCUACAACACCUUCAUGAAGCUGGUCUUCUUAGGGAGCUCCUUUUCGAUUGUCUGGUACAUGAGGUACCAUAAGGCUGUCCACAGGACUUACGACAGGGAGCAGGAUACGUUUCGCCACUGGUUCCUUGUGCUUCCUUGCCUUGUCUUGGCUCUUCUCAUCCACGAGAAGUUCACCUUUCUUGAGGUGCUCUGGACGUUUUCAUUGUACUUGGAAGCUGUUGCUAUAUUACCUCAGCUUGUCUUGCUGCAAAGGACUAGAAAUAUCGAUAACUUGACUGGCCAAUACAUUUUUCUCCUUGGUGGGUACAGGGGAUUGUACAUCCUAAACUGGAUCUACCGUUACUUCACUGAGCCCCACUUUGUUCACUGGAUAACAUGGAUCGCGGGGCUUGUCCAGACAUUGCUCUAUGCCGACUUCUUCUACUAUUAUUUCCUUAGCUGGAAGAACAACAAAAAGCUCCAAUUGCCAGCUUAAUUUUCUACAGUUUUCGAUGCGCGGAAACCCUAAGGAUUCAAUUUGGUGCCGGUUAGAGGUUUACCAAUUUACUCUGUUGGUGGUUAAUGGAGGAGACGAGCAUAUAGAUAUAUGUGUAAACUCCAGCGACCUAACUUACAUUAUACUCUCUUUCUUGAACUUUUUUCGUCAGUCUCAGCUUUUUUGCUCGAGUCAAGUAAUGUUACUAGAGGAUUUCGACAGGUGGACAGUAAAACAUCCCAUCUCAACGAGAUUUGAACCACUA